GUUGAUAUGUGUUUGGCACCUUCACCUUCACAAUCAUGGCGUUUGCCCAGAAUGCUUCCAGAGUCAUCGUUCCUAUUGCUGUCGCAGCCGUUGCAGUCAGAGCAAGUCUGUACGAUGUUCCGGGUGGUUACCGAGCAGUCAUGUUCGACAGGUUUUCAGGCGUUAAGAGUACGGCUGCACCGGAGGGUACACAUCUCAUGAUUCCGUGGCUCCAGCGGGUGAUUUUAUAUGACUGCCGAAUAAAGCCUCGGAAUAUAUCGACAACAACUGGAUCGAAGGAUCUUCAGAUGGUGUCUAUUACUCUCCGAGUUCUCUCCCGACCCGACAUAGAGCAUCUUCCCAAAAUCUACCAAAGUCUAGGCUUGGACUACGACGAAAGGGUGCUUCCUUCUAUUGGUAACGAGGUGCUGAAAAGCAUUGUUGCCCAAUUCGAUGCAGCGGAAUUGAUUACACAGCGAGAAGUGGUGUCGUCUAGGAUAAGGGCUGACCUUUUGCAGCGUGCUGGGGAAUUCAACAUUGUCUUAGAAGAUGUUUCUAUAACGCAUCUAACGUUCGGAAAGGAAUUCACGCAAGCAGUAGAAGCGAAACAAAUUGCGCAGCAAGAUGCUGAGAGGGCGAAAUUUGUCGUUGAAAAGGCUGAGCAAGAGCGUCAAGCAGCUGUUAUUCGAGCCGAAGGUGAAGCUGCAGCGGCAAAAAUCAUUUCGCAAGCACUUGGGAAGGCUGGUGACGCCUUUGUCACAUUCCGCAAAAUCGAAACAUCUAAGGCUAUCGUCAAUUCGCUUGCCUCUAACCCCAAUGUGUCAUACAUCCCAAGCGGUGGGGGAAACAUCUUGUUGAAUGUUCCGGCAGAUAAGUAGGACAUGUACCGGAUAAAUAGUGUAAUUAAUCAGAAUUGUCCAUCUCAAAUGCUCCGGCUUGCGCUGU